AUGCCAGAUCCUGAAAAGAUUUCCUGGCUCUACCAUGAUACUGGUGAGGCAGACCAGCCCAUCAGCCAGAACAUGGCGAUAGAGGGAGCAACUUUUGUCAUCUGUUCAUCGCAGAUUCUAACAGAGGAAGGCUUGAAAAAGGACAGCAUCCUGGCAGGAAAUCCCGUCACCAAAGUGCCUGGCGGCGGCUUUUCUCACAGUUUCGGCCUUGACGGAAGUCCACUGUGCGAACCGAUCGGCGAUGGCGAGGAGGGGAAUUUCAAGGCCGAUAUCUCUCUCAGCGACAUCACCAAAGCUAAAAUAUCCAUCGAUGUUGUUGGCCAUUCUUCUCGGCCAGAUAUGCUUAGUCUCUUGGUUAAUACAAAAGCGGGCAAAACUCGUCACGAUGAUGGAUAUGUAGGCAGGAAUCUAGAGCUUGGUUGA